AUGCGGUCUCUCAUCACCAUACUUGGCCUGCUUACCCAGUUCACCACCGCGGCGACCUGUAACGGACAUGACGAGCUCUGCGACAGGCAAUACAGCAACAUCACCUUUGUCGGGUCUCAUAACAGUGCUUUCGUGGGCUACCUGCCUGUCGACAACCAAUUUACCUCUGUCGCAGAUCAACUAAGCCAGGGCGUACGAUUCCUGCAAGCACAAACACACGAUAAGGAUGGGACGGUCGAGCUCUGUCAUACGUCGUGCCUGGAAGAAGAUGCCGGAUCUUUGGAGGGCUACCUAGUGAUGGUCAAGACCUUCUUGGACAGCAAUGCGGACGAGGUGGUGACACUGCUGUUGACGAAUGGGGAUGGCAUCGCUGGAGCCGACUUUGCAGGGGUCUUUGAGGCUGCUGGGAUUGAUUCAUAUGCUUAUUCUCCGGGCAGCAAUCUUGCUUUGGCUGAGUGGCCGACUUUGGGAGAGCUCAUUAGUGCUGGGACGAGACUAGUUGUCUUCAUGGAUUAUCCAGCAGAUGACGCAGUAAGCUAUAUCCUAGACGAGUUCACAUCUGUUGUGAACUCACCACUGAUCUCAUCUCACAAUAGCACAACAGAUGCCUCCUUCCCGCAAUGCAGCAUCGACCGACCGUCCGGGGCAUCUGCCAGUGGUCGCAUGUACCUCGUCAACCACUAUCUUGACACUGAGAUUUUCGGCAUCGACAUUCCGAACGCCGCAGCAGCCGCUACAACCAACUCGGCCUCGUCGAUCCUAGCGCAGGCGAAUCUUUGCGCUGGCCUAUAUAGACGGAACCCCAAUUUCAUCAUUCUCGACUGGAUCAGCGUGGGUGAUGCGAUUGCGGUGCAGAAUGAGCUGAAUGGUGUCUCUUGAGUUAUAUCAUCGCGCAUCACGGAAUCGUGUGGUUCAAAUAGUACCAUCAGAUCAUCUGUGAACAUAGACGCCUGGUCUGUGUGACUGAGGAGUUGGGUGGCAUGGUAUUGUUGUCCUCUAAACAAUCGAUUCCACGUCAUUCGGCCGUGUACGCAAGAUCAAUUCCCCAGCAAGUGAUCAGGGCUCAAAACAGCCUCCAUUCAGCGUAUGAACAGACCGAGUAUUGCAACCCCGACCAAAAUACCGUGACAAGGUUCAGAAUCGAGUGGAUUCCAUUAGAAUUACAACUGGGGAGGAUUUAUGUAAUAGAAACGCUACACGUGCCUUAUUGUCCCGCGUUCAGUGGUAUGCUUU